CAUUUACCUGACCUAUUUUUGUUAAAAGGAAGUUCUGAUGGGGUUCCUUCCCUUUAAAUCUGGUACAGCGCUACAGUUUAUUCCUCGGUGGAAAGGUGUACUUUCACGAAUUCUGCCAGUUCUUGGAAAUGUGAGAGAUGUGCAUCGGCCGAUUUUUGCUAAUGCAUUUAAGUGUUGGUGUCAAGCUGCUUGGCAAUAUAAUGUGGAUUUUCCUUCGCAUUCACCCCUUGAUGGAGAUGUCAUGUCAUUUUUAAAUUCUGCUUUCGAUCUUUUUCUUAGAGUUUGGUCAACUUCACGGGAUCUAAAGGUUUGUGCGGCAUCUGUGGAAGCCCUGGGUCAGAUGGUUGGUCUCAUAACACGCAACCAACUAAAGGCUGCUUUACCAAGGCUUAUUCCUACAAUAUUGGAUUUAUACAAAAAGGAUCAAGAUACCGCUUUUCUGGCAACAUGCAGUCUUCACAGCCUCUUAAAUGCCUCUCUUCUGUCUGAAAGCGGUCCUCCUAUGAUUGAUUUUGAGGACCUAGCACCCAUUCUGUCAGCACUUCUUCUGGUGAUUUGUGUGAAUACUGAUGGCAAAGAACAAGUGGGGCUGAAGACAUAUAAUGAAGUUCAGCAUUGCUUUCUGGCCGUUGGCCUGGUGUAUCCAGAUGAUUUAUUUGUGCUCCUUGUAAAUAAAUGCAGGCUGAAGGAAGAACCAUUGACCUUUAGUGCACUUUGUGUUCUGAAGCACCUUUUGCCCAGGUUAUUGGAAGUCUGGCACAAUAAAAGGCCUCUGCUAGUUGAAGCUGUAAAAUCCUUGCUAGAUGAGCAGAAUUUAGGUGUCCGAAAGGCACUUUCAGAGUUGAUUGUGGUUAUGGCUUCACACUGUUACUUGGUUGGUUCAUCUGGUGAGUCGUUUGUUGAAUAUCUUGUACGCCAUUGUGCCCUGACAGAUCAAAAUCAGAGUGAUAUUGACAACAGGCUAAAUAAGAGAGUUGAGAUGAAAAUUGGUGUUGUGACUUCAGGGGACUUGAGAGCAAUUUGCGAGAAAGGGCUUCUUCUGAUAACUAUUACAAUUCCUGAGAUGGAGCACAUUCUUUGGCCUUUUCUGCUGAAAAUGAUUAUUCCACGGACCUAUACAAGUGCUGUUGCCAUGGUUUGCAGGUGUAUCUCUGAAUUGUGGCGGCAUAGAUCGCAUGACACUGAUAUGUUGAGCGAGUAUAAAAACAAUGCUGGUAUGCCAGCUGUUGAGGAUCUUUUUGCUCGUCUGGUGGUGCUUUUACAUAAUCCUCUUGCAAGGGAGCAGUUGGCUACCCACAUUUUGACUGUUCUUUAUCAUCUUGCACCUUUGUUUCCAAAAAACAUCAAUAUGUUGUGGCAAGAUGAGAUUCCGAAGAUGAAGGCAUAUGUUAGUGAUACAGAAGACUUGAAACAGGAUGUCUCAUAUCAAGACACUUGGGAUGACAUGAUAAUCAAUUUUCUUGCAGAAUCUUUGGAUGUGAUUCAAGAUUCAGAUUGGAUCAUGUCUCUUGGUAAUGUUUUUACCAAACAUUAUGAACUUUAUGCUUCUGGUGAUGAACAUGUUGCACUUCUUCACAGAUGCUUGGGAAUGCUUCUUCAAAAGGUUAAUGACAGACCUUAUGUUCGUGAUAAGAUAGAUUGGAUGUAUAUACAGGCCGACAUUUCUAUUCCAACCAAUAGGCUUGGGUUAGCUAAAGCAAUGGGAUUGGUUGCUGCUUCUCACUUGGAUACAGUGUUGGGGAAGCUGAAGGAUAUUCUGGAUAAUGUUGGACAGAGCAUGCUUAAUAGGAUACUGUCAUUCUUCUCUGAUAGUUUUAGGGCGGAAGAAACUGAUGACAUACAUGCAGCUUUGGCUCUAAUGUAUGGAUAUGCUGCAAAGUAUGCCCCAUCAACCGUUAUUGAAGCCAGAAUAAAUGCCCUUAUUGGGACCAACAUGCUUUCAAGGCUUCUACAUGUGCGAAACCCCAGAUCCAAGCAGGCUGUCAUUACAGCAAUUGAUUUAUUAGGUAAUGCUGUUAUUAAUGCUGCUGAAAGUGGCAUACCAUUUCCAUUGAAAAGAAGGGAUCAAUUGCUUGAUUAUAUAUUAACGUUGAUGGGUCGAGAUGACAAUGAUGGUUUUGCUGAUUAUAAUGAACUUUUACGUACUCAGGCCCUAGCUAUAAGUGCUUGCACUACAUUAAUCUCUGUAGAGCCCAAAUUAACAGUCGAAACUAGAAACCAUGUAAUGAAGGCCACGUUAGGGUUCUUUGCUGUGCCAAAUGAUCCAGUAGAUGUUGCCAACACCCUCAUAGAGAACCUGAUCACUCUAUUAUGUGCAAUUCUUCUCAGAAGUGGAGAGGAUGGAAGAAGUCGGGCAGAGCUUCUACUACAUGUUUUAAGGCAAAUUGAUCAAUUUGUUUCUUCCCCCAUUGAGUAUCAAAGGAAAAGAGGCUGUCUUGCAGUCCAUGAGAUGCUUCUCAAGUUUCGGAUGGUUUGUGUGGGUGGGUAUUGUGCAGUUGGCUGCCGUGGGAUUUGCACACAUAACAAGCAAAUUGACCAGACUCUAUAUGGAAACUACUCAAAGCUUACAACUGCGUUUAUAUUGCCAAGCCGUGAAGCUUUGUGUGUGGGAGAUAGAGUUAUAAUGUAUCUUCCACGUUGUCUUGACACAAAUUCAGAAGUUCGAAAGAUAUCUGCUCAAAUUCUUGAUCAACUCUUCAGCAUCUCUCUCUCUCUUCCACGGCCUGCAACUUCUUCUAUAACUUCUGAAGAUAUAGAAUUGUCAUAUGGUGCCUUGUCUUCUUUAGAGGAUGUUAUAGCCAUUUUAAGGAAUGAUACUUCCAUUGAUCCAUCAGAAGUUUUCAACAGGAUUGUGUCCUCACUCUGCAUCUUGUUGACCAAGGAUGAGUUGUUGGUUACACUGCAUAAUUGCUCUGUAGCAAUUUGUGAUAAGAUCAAGCAGUCAGCUGAAGGAGCUAUUCAAGCUGUUAUUGAGUUUGUUACAAAGAGGGGGAAUGAGCUUAGUGAAAUUGAUAUCUCAAGGACAACCCAAUCACUGAUCUCUGCCAUUGCUUACGUAACUGAUAAGCAUUUGCGUAUGGAAACUCUUGGUGCUAUAUCUUCCAUGGCUGAAAACACCAGUCCAAAAAUUGUUUUUGAUGAAGUUCUGGCUACUGCUGAAAGGGAUAUAGUGACAAAGGAUAUAUCUAGGCUCCGUGGUGGUUGGCCCAUGCAGGAUGCAUUCUAUGCAUUUUCUCAGCACAUGGUGCUGUCAACAUCUUUUCUGGAACACGUGAUAUCUGUACUUAGCCAGGCUUCUAUUUUCAAAGGUGAUUUGGACAGUGCUGCAGAUAGCCAUGUUGUUGACAGCCAGCCAGAGGAUGGCAUGCUGCAGGCUGCAAUACUAGCUCUUACUGCUUUUUUCAGAGGUGGGGGAAAGAUUGGAAAAAGGGUUGUCGAACAAAACUAUGCCUCAGCUAUAUCUGAGCUAAUGCUGCAACUUGGAAGCUGUCAUGGUCUAGCUAAGUCGGGUCAGCAGGAACCAUUACAGUGUCUUCUUACUGCGUUUCAAGCAUUCUGUGAAUGUGUUGGUGACCUUGAGAUGGGCAAGAUCUUGGCUAGAGAUGGAGGACUGUCCGAGAAUGAGAGUUGGGUUAAUCUCAUUGGAGACAUAGCUGGCUGCAUAUCUAUAAAGAGGCCAAAAGAGAUACAAAGUAUUUGUCUAUUUUUGACAAAAUCAUUGGAUCGACUCCAUAAAUACCAUCGGGAAGCUGCAGCGGCAGCAUUGUCAGAAUUUAUUUGCUACAGCAGCGGAGUUAAAUCAUUCCUGGGGCACAUGAUUGAGGUUUUGUGUCAGCAUGUAUUUGAUGAAUCUUCAACUGUUCGACGUUUAUGUUUGAGAGGGCUAAUAAAGAUUCCGUCGAUUAAUAUUCUGGAGUAUGCAACUCAAGUUUUAGGGGUCAUAUUAGCUCUGCUGGAUGAUUCAGAUGAAUCUGUGCAAUUAACUGCUGUAUCAUGCUUGCUGAUGAUCCUUGAGUCUUCACCUAAUGAUGCAGUUGAGCCCAUUUUGCUUAAUCUUGCAGUGCGGCUUCGAAAUCUUCAGGCAAGCAUGAAUGCAAAGAUGCGAGCUAGUUCUUUUGCAGCGUUUGGAGUGCUUAGCAGUUAUGGAAUGGGAGCACAAAGGGAGGCGUUUCUUGAGCAGGUACAUGCUGCGGUUCCUCAUGUUGUUUUGCAUCUGCAUGACGAGGAUGUUAGUGUGAGGCAGGCCUGUCGGAUAACCCUGAAGCGGGUUUGCUCAAUGAUGGAUGGUGAAGGGUUGCUUGCACCGGUGAACACGCACAGUUUCCUUUCUGAUCACCGAAGUAACUAUGAGGACUUCCUCAGAGACAUUGCCAAACAUUUUAUCCAUUAUCUUCCCUCCAGAGUUGACACAUAUAUGGCAUCAACAGUUCAGGCUUUUGAUGCCCCAUGGCCAAUAAUUCAGGCAAAUGCUGUAUACUUCUCCAGCAGCAUACUCUCUCUAUCAGACGACCCUCAUGUCUUAACUCUCUACCAUACACAGGUAUUUGGGAUGCUGGUGGGCAAAAUGAGUCGAUCGCCGGCUGAAGUUGUCAGAGCAACGUGUUCUGCUGCUCUGGGCUUGUUACUAAAAUCCUCUAAUUCUUGUUCAUUGUCCUUGACUCGGCUAGAUCGAGUGGACUCGGCACGGAGGAGACAUGAUCCAGAGUCUACCAGCAGUUAAAAGGAGAUGGAUGAAUUGUCAAGAAUCAUGAUGGGCCUUGAACUAGAGUGUUUUUUUAUGGAAGAGAUUGAUUCUGCUUAUUUGCAGCAUCCUCUGGGCACCGUUGGCUAAUGUGUUUGGUGUGGUGUGUACGUACAUCAGUUACUCAGAUCAUUUUUGUUUUAAUUAUUUUCCGUCUUUUGUUGUAAAUGCCAUUUUUCUCCCACUUUAUUUUUAUUUUCAUUGUACAUUAAUGAUGUAUAACAGGCUUGACGUGCUGAAGGGAUGUAUAUAGAUAUUGGUGCUUUCUUGAAGUAUUACAAUUCAGCUUCCCGUUUGGGAAGGGUUAAACUUGAAAAUAA